AUGGCGAUCGAUAAAGAUAUUCAAGAGUUGCUGGUAAUCGGAGAUUCAGAUUUACUGAUUCAUCAGGUUCAGGGGGAGUGGGCCGUAAAAAAUUCGAAGAUUGUACCGUACGUGAAAUUAGUGCAAAGGUUGUGUAAAAGGUUUCGCAAGAUCGAGUUUAGGCAUACCUCAAGGUUGCAGAAUGAAUUUGCUGACGCUCUUGCUACUAUGUCCUCAAUGAUCAAAUAUCCAGAUACAAGUUACAUUGACCCUAUGGAGAUAUAUUUGAAAGAACAACCCGCUCACUUUUCGCAUGUUGAAGUAGAACUAGAUGAGAGACCUUGGUAUUUUGACAUAAAAAAGUAUCUAAAGACCGGGACUUAUCCAGAUGAUGCGACUUUCAAUCAGAAGAAAGCAAUACGUCGAAUGGAUAACAAUUUCUAUCCAAGUGGAGAAACCCUUUAUAGGAAAACUCUAGAUAUGGGACUUCUCAGAUGUGUCGAUGCCAUGGAAGCUAUAAAGCUUCUCGAACAGAUUCAUGCGAGAGUGUGUGGAACUCAUAUGAAUGGGCUUACCUUGGCGAAAAAGAUCCUUCGAUUCGGCUAUUUUUUGAUGACUAUGGAGCAUGAUUGUUGUAAGUAUGUGCAAAAAUGUCAUCAAUGUCAAGUGCACGGUGAUUUGUUUCGAGUACCUCCUUACCAACUCAAUGCUAUGAGUUCUCCUUGGCCAUUUGUGGCUUGGGGCAUGGAUGCCAUUGGUCCAAUAGAGCCAGCCGCCUCUAAUAGACAUAGGUUCAUUUUAGUCGCCAUUGAUUACUUCACCAAAUGGGUGGAAGCAGCCUCGUACAAAUCAGUUACAAAGAAGGUAGUAAAAGACUUCGUCCGUAAUAAUUUGAUAUGUAGAUUCGGAAUACCGAAUUCCAUCAUUACCGAUAAUGGAGCAAAUCUCAAUAGUUAUUUGAUGAAAGAGAUAUGUGAGCAAUUCAAGAUUAAUCAUCGAAACUCAACCGCAUAUCGUCCCCAAAUAAAUGGAGCCGUAGAAGCUGCCAACAACAACAUCAAAAAGAUUCUGAGGAAAAUGAUUGACAAUCACAGAGGUUGGCAUGAGAUGUUUUCAUAUGCUUUGUUAGGAUACCGAACGACUGUCAGAACAUCAAUUGGAGCAACCCCAUACUUGCUAGUGUAUGGGACGGAGGCUGUAAUCCCCGCCAAAGUGGAAAUACCAUCAUUGAAAAUCAUUCAAGAAGCUGAAUUGAGCAACGCCGAUUGGGUUCGUAAUCGAAUUGACCAUUUGCAUUUGAUUGAUGAAAAGAGAAUGACUGUCGUUUGCCAUGGUCAAUUGUACCAACAAAGAAUGACUCGUGCUUUUAACAAGGAGUGA